AAGAAGAAGGGCGCUGUGAACUGGAAGUUCUUUCAUUUUAGCUGAAGAACAAGUCUGCUUGUUUUUCCACUAUAUCGGUCUGAGGACCAAAAACAAUCAACAAACUUUUAUGUCCGGCCUAAAAUAAGCCCCCAGAAACAGACUGGACACAUAUAUCGAGCAUUUAUCGUGUAGUUUAUCAAAACGGUGAAACGGAACCGUGUUCUGAAGCUCUGCUAUGAACACUGGGAUGCUAACUUCGCCUUCGCUACCAAACGAACUGUGAGAUUGUCGGGCUCGUCAACAGUAUCCACAAAACAGGAGCUCGUCCACUGGAGCGUUCAAAGACAGCAGGGGCUGUUGGGAUUCCAACAUCCCGUAUCAUCGUUGGGCCCUGAGAUGACAUCACAGCAGCAACAGGUUCCCAGUGCUGCCAUUCCUCCCCAGCUUGCUCACAACUCCUCUGCUCAGCAGGCCCGGCAUCACAUUCAGGGCAAUCCGCUGGACUCAAGUCAGAGCAGUGCCACUGCCAGGCCUCUGGAUCACAGAGCCCUGUGCGGCAGGGCGGGCUGCUCUGGUGUUGCAGCAGCCAGCGGGGAGGGAGCCAGCAGAAACGUUUCGGCCUCCUGCACCAAGUCCAGCUUCUCCAGAAGAGAUGGAAGCUUGGAGCCAUGGCCUGAGGAAGCAGUGGACAACUCCCAUGGGCUCUACUCACUCCACCGCAUGUUUGACAUAGUUGGAGCACAGCUUACCCAUCGUGAUGUCAGGGUACUGUCAUUCCUUUUUGUUGACGUGAUUGAUGAGUAUGAGCGAGGUGGCAUCAGGAGUGGAAAGGAUUUCCUGCUGGCCCUUGAACGCCAGGGUCGCUGUGAUGAAACCAACUUUCGACAUGUUCUACAGCUUCUAAGGAUCAUCACACGCCAUGACCUAUUGCCGUACGUCACACUCCGGAAACGGCAGUCUGUGUGCCCGGACCCUGUGGACAAGUACCUGGAAGAGACAUCAGUGCGCUACAUUUCACCCAGAGGAGUGGUGCAGGGCAAGGACACUGCGCCUCACAGAAGAACAGGUCCACAACCAGUCAUUUGCUGUUCCCCGUCAGGACCCCACGUUGGCCCCCCCCAAACAAAGCCAGCUCCUCCUGCACCAAACCGCAAACGGAGGAGAAGUCAUUCUUCAGCUGACUGCAGAGAGAAGCAAACAUGUGAUAUCCGCCUCCGGGUUCGUGCUGAAUAUUGCCAGCAUGAGUCUGCACUUCAGGGCAACGUCUUCUCUAACAAGCAAGAGGCAGUGGAGCGCCAAUUUGAGCGUUUCAACCAGGCAAACACUAUCCUCAAAUCCCGAGACUUGGGUUCCAUCAUCUGUGACAUCAAGUUCUCUGAGCUCACCUAUUUGGAUGCCUUCUGGAGGGACUACAUCAACGGAUCAUUGCUUGAGGCCCUUAAAGGGGUCUUCAUCACAGAUUCCUUAAAACAGGCUGUUGGCCACGAAGCUAUAAAACUAUUGGUCAAUGUUGAUGAAGAAGACUACCAGGCUGGUCGGCGCAAACUACUUCGUAAUUUGGUGACAAGUGGAGUUAGCCCAGGUGGAGCUAGCAAAUAUUCUGUAUCUGUGGACCCCCCACAGGGAACUGCGUGAGAUGUGUUUGUGUCGUUUGAGGUGCCUGAAAAUAAACGAAAGGACUUCUAGCUUCCCAUUCAAUUCCUUGAGAGCUUAGGUCUUAGGAUAUCAACUUGGCCCUCCUGAGCGUAGCAUGCAAGGUGAUUUAGAACUUUGUUAGCAGAAGUAGGUGCAUACAGGUGGAUAUUAUUUUGAAUGUUAAGCUUUUCAUUUUAUUUGAGGAGAAUACUCAUACAUGUGUGCAUUGAAUUUAACUAAUUUUGUUUCUUGAACCUUAGCUCAUUGAAGUGCAUUUGUUACCUGAUUACACUCUUGACAACCUGUUGGAAAAGCUCGUGUUUAUGAUGUAAAUGACUCUCAGUGGGAUUUGUACCUUAGGGUCAAACUGGUCGAUCUGCUGUCCAGCCAUGUCCGGUACAUAACAGAUUGGUUGGAUUAACCCCAAGGGAAGAGUGUUCUGUUUGUUAUAGAAAGGCACAGAUGUAUGACUUACAUUUAGAUUUUCCUUUACUUUCCUUAAGAUUUAACACGGUUUCCUGGUGUGAAAAGAUAAACCCUUAAGAGCCUUGGCUCCCAGUUGGUCUCACUGUCUACAUCCUUGUGUCUUUCAGAUUAUUUCAUUAACAACGUGACUUGUUACCAGGGGCUGUGAUUCUGACCUAAUGUGACAUUUUAAUUGUUUAGUUAACACCGAUAUUUAAACUUUGUGGAACAUUUUAAAGGUGGGGUCGGUCAUUUUGGAGAAACCAGCUCGAGUGCGCUAGAAUUUGAAAAUACACAACUGGAAAAAAUCUGCCACUUCCUCAGAGCCCCUCCUCCAACACACACGAACGUGCACAUGACCAAUGAGGGCACGAGAUCAGUUUGUGCCCCGAUGGAAGGCUGACAGGCAGGUAGGCCAUCCAGUUACUUUAGCCGGGCCGGCUAAAAUGAUUGGUCGUGCUUUUUACAGCGCUACAGCUUCCAGAGAUGACAUUUUUGUAUGGAUGUUUUGUCAAAGCACUUCAGAUAUUCAUUGCUAUCGGGAUGUUAAGAGCAUUCCAUGGAAUACAACAACGAGUGUACCUCGAGACGGUUUCUCAAACUUACCUACCCCACCUUUAACUGUUCUGAAUCAUAUUCAAUGAAAAAUGUAGUCAUUCACUGUGUUUGACAUAUUUUGGGAUUUGCACGUUUCAUUGACAGCCCGAACCACACCUACCUGCCGUCUCCACAUGUUUACUCAUAUAACAAUGAAUUUAAAAAUAUUUAAAACAACUGUCAAUCACAUGCUGAAAAAGCAGUACAAGCAGGUGCUUUUACUUCCUCGCCCAAUUGCUGGGCUUGAUGGAGGAAGAAGAUGUUUCUGCGUAUCCUCCUCCAUCCACAAUGCUUCCCAAAGCAAACUGGAUACUUAAGGCUUUGAAACGGGAAUGGAGCAUACACUUCUACAAUUUUGAGUGCAGGUGCUGAUCAUGCGCUUGUAGUGGAACAAAAAUGACUACAGCAUUUUCUGAAAUGCAGCAAGGCAAGCAACGUUGGAAUAUAAUUGAAUUUCAUUUUGGUAUCCAUGGUUUAAGACAUCAGGUAUAAUGGGUGCCUGUGAGAGACAACUAAAAUAUUAUAGAGUGGUCAAAUACACUGAGUGGCCACUUUAUUGGAGAACACCCUUUAGGUCCGCUGACAAAUUCAUCCUAUACAUUGAGAUACUGGCGAGUCACUAGCUUUAUCAGCAAGCUGUGGAAGCCCAGCUUUAAAGCUUCUUGUCAUGGUUCCAGCCCAGAGUGCACACAUCUAGUAGAGUCCUGUUUUAUCAACAGCUUGUUCACUGUUUAUUUGGCCUGACAGUGGUAUGAAAAUGUCAGGUUCAUAUUUCUGUUAUACUUUGUGGAUUACAAAAAGAUUGGUACUCUAGGCUUUUUGUUUCAUCGCAGGUGCACACCUCCCUUAUUGCAGCAGUAGGUUGAAUUCCCUGUUCUGUGUUGAAGUUCAACUUUCCCUUAAAGUCUCCAAAAACAUAAUCGCCAGAGUGUCAGUGAACUAAUAACAAUGUCUCUAUGAUGGGAUGGAUUUACCAUUCUCCUGCAUCAUAGUCUGUGCAUCAGCUGACCUCCACCCUGACUGGAGGAGCAGCAUAGAGGACACAGUGAAGUACAGUAUGUCAAUCUUGAGUCAUGCAAUUUAAGAUUCUCCAAAUUGGAAAUGUUGUAAUGUCAUUGCUGUCGAACCAGGACAGGUUAUUACUUAAUGCAAAAAGUAACUUGUUUGGACGUGAUUAAUAUGAAUCAUAAGAUAUAAAAGACUGUGCAUAAUGCUGAUUUGUGAAUACAUCAUUUAGAAUUUAUAACAGAAUUUGAUUACAGGCUUAAAUGUCAUUUAAGUCACAAUUGUCAAUUGCAAUGCCAGUCUCAAAUGCUUACAUUUGACAUUUUCCAUUCAUCUUUCUUUUACUCCGUGCACAUAGCCAAAUAGUCGUCGUCAUGCCAAAUAUAUUCUUCCUGCUAAAAAUGCUCUUUCUUAUCUCUGCUAUCAUACAAUCCGUGGGUUCAUAUUAAAACACAAGUCAUGUUUGACUGCCCUCUAUUACAUAGUCGGUCUACAUUUAUUUAUUUGUUAUGUCGAGGUUGCAAGUUAGUAUCUAUUAUAUAGGUUGGUGUGUUCUGUUGAAUGAAUGUUAUGUUAGUUAAAUACAGCUGUCUCCUUCGCAAAAUUGCAUAUAACCUGUUAUGUCAAAAUGUUGUAGAAACUCGCAGUGCUAAUAUUUUGUAAUUAACUUUAUUGGGUUUCCAGUUUUCAAUCAAUUUUGCAUUUCUUCAGAAAACAGACACAUAGGUCUGUUAAUAAAUGAAAUGGAUGGGU